AGAGUUGAUCCCUCACAGCUGUCUUCAAAUGUCAGUCCCAGUGACGGUUUCCCUUCAACUCUUUUCCCCUUCCUCUCCGGACGGAGGAGGAGGAGGCAGCAGCAGGGCAUCUCUGGGGUGCAGUGCAAGGGCCCUGAUCUUGGGGUGAGAUGGCAGAAGGAUCCAAACCCAAGAAGCCUUUCUCACUGCUGGCCACAGCGGCCGGCUGGGCUCAAGCCCUUUGCCGAGGCUUGGUGAAUUUUUGGAGCAACCAGUUUGCGUGGCUGCUGGGGGUGCCGUUCCUCCGGCGUGCUUACCACCUCUGGCUGGCGGCCGUCGUGAUAUUUGGCCCUCUGCUUCAGUUCUAUGUGAACCCGCGGGCGAUCUUUGCCAAUCAUCACAACUUCUUUAACAUAAAAUUUGUCCGGUCUGCCUGGGGCUGGACGUGCAUCUUCCUGGGCGGCUUCAUCCUGCUGGUUGUGUACCUGGCCACUGGGCGGGUCCUGCUCACUGUGCGCCACCUGUGCCGCCUGGCGGUGGGGGCCGGGCUCUGGUUGGGCGCCACGGAGACCUUCCUGCUCAUAGAAAACCUUACGGGCUACUGCUUUGACUCUGUGCCCGAAGGCAUCCUGGUCAACACGCUUCCGGACAAGUGGUCCUGCCUCCACAAAGGCCACAAGUGGCACGGCUACGACGUCUCCGGCCACACCUUCCUGCUCACCUUCUGCUGCCUCCUGAUGGUGGAGGAGACCUCCGUCUUCCGGCGGUACCUGGCCCAGGGCCUGCCUGCCGGCAUCCCUUUGCGGCUCAUCUUCCUCCUCAACGUCCUGCUCCUCGCCCUGUGGAACUUCCUCCUGGCUUGCACCGUGGUGUAUCUCUACGAAUACAGCCACAAGGUCGUGGGGGCUGCCAUGGCCACCCUCUGCUGGUACCUCACCUACCGGGGAUGGUACCGCUGGCGAUGGUCUCCCGGCAGACCCGGAGCAGGCCUCUUCGUCAAAGGGGCGGCGGGAGAGGCCAAGAAACGGAACUGAACCCCCUCCCAGAAGCCCAGAUGGCCAGCAGAGAAGCGUAGCAAGAGUUCGGCAUCCCUUCCGAGGGAAAUAAAAAACAAGGACCCUUUCCAGAGCUGUGUUCUCCCCUAA